GUACUUUAAGACCAUCACUGUCGAUUCACCACAUCCGAAAUUCUUACCGAAGACUCCAAACAUGAGUGGAGAUGCAUCUCCUACCUUGCCGCUCACCCCAGCAUCAAAUGUUGUUGUCGAAUCGAGCUCUUCCUUGACCAUCCCCGAAACCAGAGACGGAUUUUAUGGUUAUACUGAUGAAAAGAGCCUCCAACAAAUGGAGGAACAAAGAUGGGCACAGCGCCACAUUUCCGACGUUGCGCAUCCUCAGGCUGAUAGUACAACACUAUCUACCAGUUUCACGUUGUCUUCCAUCCGUGAGGCCCCUCAAAUCCAAGCGACUGAAGAGUUACAUCCGUCACCUUUCUCUGACGACGAAGAUAAAGAACAGAUUCCCGAUGCUCAGCGCCACAUGGAUACCAUAAUCACCCCGGAGCUUGCACGCGUUGUUCGAUGUUUUCAGAAAUGCCUUGAGCUUCGCGAUAAAUAUAUCACGAAAUCUUUACAGAGGCUGGGAGAUAACCCCAGAGACCACGACGGCGUCUUUCAUGGCGUGGCCGAGGGCCUGGCUGACGUUUCUGGGGUCAAGCCCGAUGUUAACCAAUCUUUAGCUGCAUCCCCAAACAGCCCUCAUGAGCCCUGGGUCAUAUAUCCGAAGCCUCCUCCACCCCACUGGCAAUUUGCUGCGAAAGAAACGAUCAUUAGCGCAGAUGGUCGUGUUACACCUGACGACCAAUUCGAUUUCUCUCAAUGCCAAAUACCCGGUAAUCAUGAGUGGGAGUUUGAAAUAGAUGACAAAGGCGUAUAUCAAGUAUACACGAACGCUGAUGCAGAAAACAAGAAACCACUUUUCGAUAUACCCACUAUCAGAGAGUACUUCGUUGAUCUAGACUAUGUCCUCAGCGUUAUCUCCGAUGGUCCGGCAAAAAGUAUGGCAUAUCGUAGGCUCAAGUAUCUGGCGAGUAAGUUCGAGAUGUACAGUCUCUUGAACGAGUUUCAAGAAUUAGCUGACAUGAAGAGCGUGCCGCACAGGGACUUUUACAAUGUGCGAAAGGUGGACACGCAUGUCCAUCUAGCAAGUUGCAUGAACCAGAAACACCUCUUGCGGUUUAUUAAGUCCAAGAUGAAACGCAGCCCUCAUGAUGUCGUUAUCUUCCGUGAUGGGACAGACUUGACGCUGGAACAACUGAGCGCAUACGAUCUAUCUAUCAAUACGCUCGACAUGCACGCCCACCAAGAUUCCUUCCAUCGGUUCGAUCAAUUUAAUCUGAAGUAUAAUCCGAUCGGCGAGUCCAGGCUGAGAGAAAUUUUCCUGAAAAUAGAUAAUAAGAUAGAUGGUAGAUACUUCGCUGAGAUCACCAGAGAGGUCAUGAAUGACGUGGAGCAAAGUAAAUACCAGAACUGCGAAUGGCGCGUCAGUGUUUACGGUAGAUCUGUGGAUGAGUGGGACAAGCUUGCGAAAUGGAUCAUCAACAAUGAUGUGAUCUCACACAACGUUCGCUGGCUCAUUCAAGUUCCUCGAUUGUAUCAAGUGUACAAGGAGACUGGUGCACUCGACACAUUUGAAGAAAUUGUCAUUAGUAAGUUCUUCUUGUCCCAUAAUUUCAGUCCAUCUCGACAAUGUACUGUGAUUGUAGAUGUCUUCCGCCCACUCUUUGAGGUCACGAAGGACCCAAAGUCGCAUCCUGAACUUCAUGUAUUUUUACAACGUGUUGUCGGUUUCGACAGCGUGGAUGACGAAUCUAAGGCGGAACGUCGAUUCCACCGCAAAUUCCCUUUUCCUCGGCUCUGGGACUCCAAGCAGAAUCCUCCAUUUUCUUAUUGGAUGUACUACAUGUAUGCAAAUAUGGCCAGCUUGAAUCACUGGCGAAAAGCACGAGGGUUCAACACGUUCGUAUUCCGACCUCACGCCGGUGAAGCAGGAGACACGGAUCACCUGACCGCGGCCUUUCUUACAUCUCACUCGAUUUCACAUGGGAUUCUGCUUCGCAAGGUCCCCGCGUUGCAGUACUUAUUCUACCUGAAACAAAUUGGGCUAGCUAUGAGUCCAUUAAGCAACAAUGCGCUGUUCUUGACCUAUGAGCGCAACCCGCUUCCUGACUUUUUCAAAGUCGGGUUGAAUGUGAGUUUAAGCACCGAUGACCCAUUGCAAUUCCAUUUUACAAAGGAACCACUACUAGAAGAAUACAGUGUCGCAGCUCAUAUCUACAAGCUUCCUCAAAGCUCACUAGCUGAGCUCGCUCGCAACUCUGUGAUCCAAAGUGGCUUUGAGAUGGAGAUCAAAAGGCACUGGCUCGGUCAAGAGUGGUAUCUACCAGGCGCUGCAGGCAAUGAUAUCCAUAAGACAAACGUGCCAAAUCUUCGACUAGCAUAUCGGCACCGCACGCUACUUGAUGAGCUUGCGAUGAUUAGGUCGCACUCUACAUAAUCAAGAGCUCGAUCUGGCAUCAUUCGGCGAUAGUAGCAUUAGAAGUAUAUCCCGUUUUCUCUUAGACAAGUGUAACUGUGCCUUCUCAAAGUUCCAGAUAUGGCAUAUUGACAUAGUUCCGCCGUGGCUAAUCUGGGGCUGAUCAUCUGACGAAAAGAACUGUAGGUUCUAAGACCAAGGAAAAGUUGAUACCAGCGCCUCCCAGUGAGCCGAAUUUGUCUGUGUACGUGAGCCGGGUUGUGAAACAGAAGUGUCAUACGGGGCAGAAAGGGCCAGAAUUGGGUCGCACCUGCAACUACUGCAACUACUGAUAUAUGGAUUAUCAUAAUGAGAUUCGAGGGAACAUCGUGGCUGUUGCGUCUUGUAAGAG